AUGCGACCCAAGACCAUCGCUUUCGCCACCACGACGCUGGUUGCAACAGUGACCUUCUUCACCCGACAUCAUCUCCACGUCCUAUACGAGCUCGGACACCAGUACUCAACGUUCGCAACAUAUCUCAAGAACCACCCAGACACGCUCUUCCGCUAUCCAAACGAGCCCGGUCAGACACUCAGUCCCGAUCUCUACGACGCCUUCCUCCCAGAGCCAGUUCCCAAGAUCAUCCACCAAAUCUACCUGACGAACGGCCGCCCAAUCGCCAAUUUAACCAAGUACGAAGCACAAAUCGAAAGCUGCAAACACUUCCACCCGGAAUGGAACCACAAAAUAUGGACAGACGAACCCGCUACCGCUUUCAUCGCGGAACACUAUCCAGAUCUCGCACCCCACUACAACUCCUACAACCAGAACAUCCAGCGCGCUAAUGUCCUUCGCAUCGCCUUGCUUCACCACUACGGCGGCGUCUUCUUCGAUCUCGACAUCACCUGUCGAAGCUCUCUCGCCGCUCCUCUGGACCCCAGCACGCCAAACUCGGCAUUGACGCAUCUCCCACUACUUACACCAGGCGCCUCACCGGCUGGGGUCAACAAUGCCUUCAUCCUCGCUCAGAAAGGACACUCUUUCCUCAAACAUCUCCUCGAUCGCGCCCCAGCUAGAGAUCUCUGGUGGCCGAUUCCGUAUGCGCACAAUAUGUUCAGCACGGGCUGUGAGUUCUUCUCAGAUGCGUGGAUGUCAUACCAAAAAGUCAAGGCACCGGAGAAAGGAAACAGAACCUUCAUCCUAGCAGACCAACAAGGCAGGUUGGAACCUUUCAUGCUCAAAGGCAAAGUCGUAACUCCUCUCCUCGAACACGGCGGAGAAUCGAGUUGGCAUCGGUGGGAUAAGCGGCUCAUCUUCUCGCUCAAGUACAUUUUCGUCGAUUGGCCGGUUGUGGGGUGGGGUGGAGUUUUGGUUGGGGUGGGUUUGAUGUGGGUUGUGGGGAGGCUGGUGAGAGGUUCUGGGUCUGGGAAGAGGAGACGGUCGAGAGUUUUGUUUAGGGCGAGUAUGGAUAAGACGGGGCUGGUGGAGCUUGAGGAUGGACGGUCGAGGGAUUGA